UUUUUAUCCGCUGUGCUUGUAUGUAUGUGUAGUUAAUGGAGUUGUUGGUUACCUCGAAUUUCUGCUCUAUUCAGUUUGGAUUGGGAAUUGUAUUAUCAGUUUGGUUGGAAAUUGUAUUAUCAGCUCUCGAAAUUGUGAGUUUGCAGCAAAUUUGUUUGUUUGUUCUCGAAAUUGGGAGUUUCGUCCAGAUCCUUUGUUGAUGGUCGCCUGAUUUUGAUUUGGAUUGAUAUCUACCUCCAUUUUUUAUGAAAUCCUGCAAUACUCGGGCGAGGUUUGGAUUGAUCGAUCGAUCGAUUGAGGAAUGGAUCGACAAGGGCAACCACAAUCAUUGUCGUCAUCAUCCAAGACUAAGGAAUUGGAUGUUCCGCUUCACUCUAUUGGAUUUGAGAUUGAAGAGCUCACGCCUAGCAAGGUGUCCGGCCAUGUCCUCGUCACUUCCAAAGUGUGUCAGCCGUUCAAGGUGCUCCAUGGUGGGGUGUCGGCUAUGAUUGCCGAGUCACUGGCGAGCAUGGGCGCUCAUUUGGCGUCGGGUUUGCAAAGGGUCGCGGGCGUGCAUCUAAGCAUCAACCACAUAAAGAGUGCACAGUUGGGCGAUCACGUCGUGGCUGAGGCUACGCCCGUCAGCCUUGGCAAGACGGUUCAGGUUUGGGAAGUGCGACUUUGGAAACGCGACUCUAGUUAUGAUGGAGUGAAAACGCUGACGUCGUCUGCACGCGUCACGCUUCUUUGCAAUCUGCCGGUGCCGGAAUCGCUUAAAGGCGCUGCGGACUCUAUUAAAAAAUAUGCCAAAUUGUGAUUCAACCGUGAAUCUUGUGCUGGUGAGGAUGUGGUUUUUGUUUGUGUAUAAUGAAUUAAUUGUUGCUGUUGGAUUGUUUUUUCCAUUUUUAAAAGAUAUAUGUAUAAGAAUUGUUUAUUACUACAA